GUGUCAGGGAGAUCAAGAAAUGGCGAGGUAGAGAUGGAAAGAUGGGCAGAGCACAGGGAAUCAGUUUCUGCCUCCGGGAGUGUGAAUACACAUGGGUUAGCUUCUUUUCAUAGAGGAUGGUUAAAGCUGAAGUGUCCGCCAGAGCCGGCACAAGAUUGUACAGGGCCUUACGCAGAUUUUAAUGACUGGGGCUUCUACUUCUUAGCCACUUUUAAGCUUUUAUUCACCAAUGUGCUUGGGACUCCUACACCCUAGAGCGUUUUCCUGAAAAUGGGAUCAUAAUAAACCUCUGGAGGAUUGAGAACAACUGCUAGCAUGUUGCGAUCUUCCUCCAGAGCAGGUGAAACUUUACCCCUCUGUAAGUUUCAGAGUAAGUUGCAGAGAUGGGGCCUGGUUCUCACCCUCUGCGCCGCCGUCCUCUGGCUUCCUGAGGCAGCGGGGUCGACGCUGAACUGCCAUACGACGUGCAUCUGCGCCUCAAACAUCGUUAGCUGCUCCAAGAUGGACCUGAGUGCCGUCCCCACCGGUCUGCCUCUCUACACCACUGUACUGGAUCUCAGCUACAACGCCAUAGCUCUGCUCAGAUCUGAAUGGACUACAGUCAAGCUUCCGAAUCUCCAUAACCUCUUGCUCAGCCACAACGAUCUCCAUUUCCUUUCCUCUGAAGCUUUUAUAAAUGUGAAGCAACUGCGCUACUUGGACCUGUCCUCCAACAAACUGCAGCAGCUGGAUGAGUUUGUUUUUGAGCCUUUAGUUCACUUGGAGGUCCUCUUGCUCUACAAUAACCAAAUUUCACAGAUUGAUAGGUCAGCCUUUGUCACCAUGGUCAACCUUCAGAAGCUGUAUCUCAGCCAGAACCAAAUCUCUCGCUUCCCAGCGGAGCUGAUCAAAGAAAGGUAUCGCCUGGAAAAGCUGAGCCUCCUGGACGUUUCAUCCAACAGGAUCAAAAAGGUACCCAUAGAUGACCUUAAUACGCUGCCUGCCUGGAUUAAAAAUGGCCUCUACUUCCACAACAACCCUCUGCAGUGUACCUGUAAUCUCUACACACUCCUGGCCCACUGGUACAUUCGUAAACUGAACUGUGUUGUGGACUUCAGUGACGAGUUCACGUGCGUCCUGCCUAACUCGCAGAAAACCCAGAUUUUCGAUCUUAGUGGCGAAAGCAUGAACUGCAGCACGUUCAAGGAGGAGGGCGAAGAGGCUUUCCUGGAGCAAACGCUGAUCCUCAGCUGUGACACCAAACACCGUGACAUGAUGAAGACUUGGGCGUUGCCAGGGAAUGUUUUGGUGACUUCGGGAGACAACCAGACUGCAAAGGUCCUGCCAAACGGGAAUCUGCAGAUAAGUCCGGUGAGGUACGAUGACUCCGGGACCUACACAUGCUUCGCUGUGAGCGAGAGUUUCAAUGAGACUAUCUACGUUGUGCUGAAGGUUCACAACUUCACCAUGCAUGGGGCUGGGGAGACUUUGAACACAGCUUACACUACCUUGGUGGGCUGCCUGGCCAGUGUGGUGUUGGUGCUCAUGUACCUCUACUUGACGCCGUGCCGCUGUUUCUGCUGUCCCAGCAAGGGGAAGACCCGCGGCGAGGACAGCAUCCACUCCUCGAUGCUCAGCGUCACUCCCACCCACGAGGACCCGGCGAUGAAGGCCGAGCUGAACAGGCACGUUGCGUUCAUCGACUCCAAGGACUUGCAGGGCCAGAACGGCAAGGUGAAUCCCAACGGGGACGAGGACAAUGACGACCUGGAUGGAGAGGCCGGCUCUCUCAUGAAGGGGAAGAGGAAGAAAUCGGUAGCAGAGUCCAUUAGCUCCGUCUUCUCAGACACUCCCAUGGUGGUUUGAGUCGACAUUGACGCUAAUGGGCACAUUAAGAGCCAUGAUUUAUUGAAUUUAAACUCCUACUGUGACCUUGUGCGGGAAAAGGCUAGAGGGACGGAUAGCAAACUUAUUAUUGCAUCUGAAAGGAAGCUCAAAGCGAAUUGUCAUGUUGUCAAAGAGGACAAUAAGCCAGACUUUUCCAGCGUUUCAACCUGUAGCAAUUACUAUUCAUACUGUGAAAGGAAAGGAUGCAUACAAGCGGACCGUGGCGCCUUUUAGAGAAGAAAUGUGGUUGUUAGCAGCACUCAGGAAGCGAUGUACUACAACCGAUUGAGAAUUGUGAACAAUUGCAGAUUUCAAAAACAACAUUUUGGUGUAAAUCAAAACUGUGGUUUCCUCAUAAUUAUAUUUCUAAUGAAGAAUUUGGAUAGGCUGUAUCAUAUCAAACAAAGACAGACACUGACGUGACCAGGCUCUGAGUAGAAGUGACAUU